GUUGACGUAUGAAACGCGACAGGCUGAGGCAAUCAAUGGAUAACCCAUGGAUAACCCCUAAACCAGACAUUUCACAUGUAGACGACCUGUGUCUGCAUUACAAUUAAAUCCCUUACGCACAUAUGUGUAACAGAUGACAAUGUUUACGUUAAAAAGAGCUUUGCUGACAGCAGCGAGAAUAAAACAAUGUCGAUUCUUUUCUGCAUCACAGAACAACUGGAAUAACAGAAAAGGCCUGGUACUGGGAGUGUACGAGAAAGAGGGAGAAACUGACAGUUUUGAUCUGACAACUGCAGCUAGAAGCCUGGACGAUGCUGUGUCUGGCAAGCUCUCAGAAUUGCUAAAAAUCUCUGGCCCAGCACUGAAAAAAGGCAAAAACAGAAUAUUUUAUGGGCUCCAUGAGGAUUUCCCAUGUGUGGCAGUAGUUGGUCUUGGCAAAAAUAAUGCAGGUGUGUGUGGGUCGGAGAACUGGGACACCGGCAAGGAAAACAUCAGAGCAGCAUUAUCAGCUGGCUGCAGACUGCUCCAGGACCUGGAGGUGAGCCACGUGGAGGUGGAAGCGUGUGGAGAUGCCCAGGCAGCAGCAGAAGGUGCCGUGCUUGGUCUGUUUCAAUACGACCUACUGAAGACCAAGAAGAAGACCAAAGUCACCACACAGCUACAUGGAAGUGAUGAUGUGGCAGGUUGGGAGAAAGGGAUUCUGUAUGGUGAAGGCCAGAAUCUAGCCCGCCUCCUUAUGGAGGGUCCAGCCAAUCUCAUCACGCCCACCGCCUUCGCCGACACAAUUGAAGAGAAACUUGCACCAUACAGUGAACGAGUGACUGUUCACAAGCGGUCUCAAGGUUGGAUAGUGGAGCAGCAGAUGGGGGCGUUCCUCAGUGUUUCUAAAGGCUCUGAGGAGCCCCCUGUCUUCCUGGAGCUUCAUUACAAUGGGAGCCCCGAUAAAACUCAAGCCCCACUGCUUUUGGUUGGCAAAGGAAUUACCUUUGACAGUGGAGGUAUUUCCCUCAAGCCGCCGUCUGGGAUGGAUGCAAUGAGGGCCGACAUGGGGGGAGCGGCCACAGUGUGCGCCGCUCUGGUCACGGCGGUAGCCCUCAAACUUCCCAUCAACAUCAUAGGCCUGGCUCCCUUGUGUGAGAACAUGCCCAGCGGAAAGGCCAGCAAACCAGGAGAUGUCGUCACGGCCAAGAAUGGAAAGACCAUCCAGGUUGACAACACAGACGCAGAGGGCAGGCUGGUCCUGGCUGAUGCUCUCUGUUAUGCACACACAUUCAGCCCCAGAGCCAUUGUCAACGCAGCUACCCUAACAGGGGCCAUGGAUGUAGCACUGGGCUCAGCAGCGACCGGCGUAUUCAGUAACUCUGACUGGCUUUGGGAGCGGCUACACCAGGCCAGCGUGGUGACGGGGGACAGAGUGUGGCGGAUGCCCUUGUUCCAACACUACACGCGACAGGUGACUGACAGCCAGCUGGCCGACCUCAACAACGUCGGCAGCAGCCGUUCUGGCGGUGCGUGCACGGCAGCGGCCUUCCUGAGGGAGUUUGUCACGGCCCCCCACUGGGCACAUCUGGACAUCGCCGGAGUGAUGGGUAACAAGGACGAGGUUCCCUACCUAAGGAAGGGCAUGUCUGGGCGGCCAACUCGCACGCUGGUGGAGUUUGCUGCAAGACUGGCACAGGAAGCGUGAAGAAAGACACUCUUAGGAAAUUCUAAUGAGAUAUGAGGAUGUACGUGCCAUCAAUACAGAAGAUGACAAAAACAAGAGAAGCUUGGUUUUUACAAUUGUAUAAAAUCGGAUCCAGAUAUAUUCUUCAACUUUGUAAUCAAUAUUCCAUCUUCAUUGCUUAUUUCAGCUAUCCAUACCGUACUACAGGCCAUACAAUUGCUUUUUUACAUAAUUUCCAAAUUUUACAAUUUGGAAAUUAUGUGGAAAGGUGGAUUGCUUGAUCCUACGGUGCAAUUUGAUCACGUUGUAACAUUGUAAAAUCUUCCUGUAGUAUCACAACAUUGUAUUCUAUAUGUAUUUCAAUAAAAUGUACAUGUAUU